ACUUCACCCAAAGUUCUACCCCAAUCCGGCAAAUAAUUGUCGUCAUCUCUAUCUCAUCUCCAUCUCCAAAUAGGUUUAGUUCCAUAGUUUCUCAACGAUUAAGGUGUUUGGGGGAUUAAAAGUUUGUGAUGCCCGUUUUGGACUUCUCUGAGUUGAGAGAAUAGAAGGAACAAAAAUAUUUUUUUGGAUAUAGGAGGGUAGUGGAGAUUCGAUUCGGAUAGGGAAAGUAAGGAAUGUAUAGGCCAGUGUCAGCAAUCACGAUUCGUGGUGGACUGCCAACAGAUAAUGGAGAUGCUGUGGUGACUCUUGACCAAGUUCCUCGAUGGAUUGAUGGGGAUUUUAGACAUUCCUAUGAAAUUGAAGAUCCCAGUUCACACUUUCCCGACCCGUUAGCUUCAUCUUCUGAGGCAGAGAGUAGGGCGAAUGGAAUGGUUUCAAGAUUUCCUGUUGAUCAUGAAGUUAAUUCAAAGAUUUAUCUGUGGAGAGGAAACCCUUGGAAUAUGGAGGUUGAUGCUGUUGUGAACUCCACCAAUGAGAACAUGGAUGAAGCGCACUGCAGCCCUGGUCUGCAUGCUGCAGCAGGGCCUGGUCUUGCAGAAGAAUGUGCAACACUGGGUGGCUGCAGAACAGGAAUGGCGAAAGUUACCAAUGCAUAUGAUCUACCAGCAAGGAGGGUUAUACAUACUGUCGGGCCUAAAUACGCCAUAAAAUAUCAUACUGCUGCAGAAAAUGCUUUGAGUCACUGCUAUCGUUCUUGUCUAGAACUUCUCAUUGAGAACGGACUUCAGAGCAUUGCUAUGGGCUGUAUUUACACAGAGGCAAAAAAUUAUCCACGGGAACCAGCAGCUCAUGUAGCAAUAAGAACCGUCCGCCGGUUUCUUGAGAAACAAAAGGAUAAAAUCACAGGCAUGGUCUUCUGCACAACUACAGCAAAUGAUACUGAAAUAUAUAAGAGAUUGCUUCCGCUGUACUUUCCUCGCGACAGGAAGGAGGAAAAAAUUGCCAUUACAAAGCUUCCUGCUGAUGUCGGAGAUGAAAAUGGUGAGACAAUUAUAGAUGAACGGAAAAUCAGAAUAACACCUUUACUCAAUGUGAAGAAGACUGUUUCAAAACCCCCCCAAGCAUCAGUAGACUUUCCUGUCAACGAUCUUGGAUUGGCUAGACGGGACUCUUCAUCUUUGGAUUCAUAUCUAGAUCCUGCUUUCAUGUCCCUAAUCAAGGAUCCAGAUCAGCGACGUAAGGAACAGUGGGAGAAAACCGCUCAAGCACAAAAUGGGUUUAAGUUCGCUAAAAUUCUAGGGUUUGGUAAUCUUGGAGGGCCUCCACUAUCUGCCGCUGAAGAAUACUCACUCCAUUCUAGAUACCUUGCCAAAGCUAACUCUCUUAAUCUUUCUGAAAUAGCAGAAAUGAAGAUUGUGUACCGAGGAGGAGUAGACAGUGAAGGUCGUCCAGUCAUGGUUGUAGUUGGAGCACAUUUUCUUCUUCGUUGUCUUGAUCUUGAGAGAUUCGUACUCUACAUAGUAAAGGAGUUUGAGCCCUUGAUCCAGAAGCCUUAUAGCAUUGUUUACUUCCACUCUGCUGCAUCUUUACAAGUGCAGCCAGAUCUAGGAUGGAUGAGGAAAUUACAACAAAUACUCGGUAGGAAAAGCCAGCAUAAUCUUCAUGCAAUCUAUGUCCUCCAUCCAACCUUCGGACUGAAGGCUGCAGUAUUCACAAUGCAACUUUUAGUCGAUGUCGUGGUGUGGAAAAAGGUUGUAUAUGUUGAUCGGCUUCUUCAUCUCUUCAGAUAUGUUCCUCGUGAGCAGCUAACCAUCCCAGACUUUGUUUUCCAGCAUGAUCUGGAAGUAAACGGCGGGAAGGGGCUUAUUGUGGAUCCAAGAACGAAAUAUGCAUAUCAACGACCAUAGGUGUCUUGAAUAAGCUCUUAAGUGGUAAUGGUGCUGUUUUCAGACUUCAGAUUUAUCCCAGAAAACCUCUCUGCAAUGCAUUGAUGAACAGUGGCUCAUGCACCGCUUCCGGCAAGCUGCUGCCAGUGCGGCCAGCUGUGGGUGGCGAUGGUGGAGGAUAGGCUCAUGAACCGCUUCCAACAGGCUGCAGCCAGCUGCUGGUGGCGGUGUUGGAGUAUAGGAUUGUAAGGCCAUCUACAAUUGUUAUUAUGCCAUGAUAUCGUAUGCACAAUUUUGAAGGACAUGGUCGCUGGUAUUGCAUAGCCAUUAGAGGAGUUCAUGAACCGUAAGGCUCGUGAGACCCAGUCCGUCCAACCCGUAAGAAAAGCGGUUUUGACUCGAAAAAAUGUCUAGGCAUGGACUGGAUCGUUAAAAUUAAUGUACGGACCUAGGUGAUGAAAAUAAUUUAUAUAG